CAAGAAACUCCUAAAAACAGAUGAUUUUCCGUCUUCCUCCUUCGCCUCUCUGUCUGGGAAUUCGACCGGCUUCGGGCUUAGAAACCGUAGAAAUAGCUGAAUUAAAAAGUCUUUGAAAAAUCCUAAAUAGAGAUCGCAUCAAUCGCAUCGUCACUAAUUAAGGUUUUUAUUGAAGAGUACUUGUUGGUGAGCGAAAGUUAUACAGUAGGUUCACCUGCUAAUCAGACAAAAUUUAUUUAUUAAGAUUUCUGCUGUGUAAAAAAGUAAAAAAGCCAGCAUCAAUGGCUAAAGAUGUGGCUUCCUACAUUUCCGGAGAUGAUACUCACAAUCACAAUAAUCAGAAAUUAAUAUAUCCAGCUGCUACAAGGAACCAAGACCCAAUACUACAAGUUUUAAAAAGAUUUCUCAUCUGUGAUGUUGAUAGUAUUGAAGAUGAAGAGAGCCCAUUAUUCUUGGAGAUAGCAGCAGGCUCCGGACAGCAUUUAGCUUAUUUUGCACCCCACUUCCCUGGAGUUAGAUUUCAGCCAACUGAAGUGGAUGAUAGCUUGCUUGGCAGUAUAUCUUAUUAUGCUGAAAACUGCCCAACCAAAAAUAUAAUGCCUCCAAAACUUAUUGACAUCUGUCAAAAAUUAUCAUCUUAUGGUUUUGAGGAAAACAGUAUAGACUACUUGUAUAAUGCUAACAUGAUUCACAUUAGUCCAUAUGCAUGCACUGUUGGAUUAUUUGAAAAUGCAGGAAAUUAUUUGAAACCCGAUGCUUUGAUGAUUACUUAUGGGCCAUACAGCAAAGAUGGUGUUAUCACACCAGAGAGCAAUAUUCAAUUUGAUGCUUCACUCAGGGCACGUAAUGCAGACUGGGGCUUAAGAGACAUCACAGAUCUAAUUAAAUUAGCUGACAAAAAUAAUUUGUCUCUGAUGGAUACUGUAGAAAUGCCAGCUAACAACAAAACAUUAAUAUGGAAAAAGAACUAACUGGUGUGUUCAUGAUACUGCCUGUAUGUAUUCCGUAAAUAAAGUAGACUGUAUACAA